AUGUGUUCAUAUGAGAGGGCGGGCUGGCUCGGUUCCCGAGAUCUCGGUUUUUCCAACCGAGAUCUCGGUAAGCGGGCUGGAAAUUUUGCCAUAUGAACACCUCAUCCCGGUUACCGGGAUGAACGGCGGGAUGAAUUCUGGCGGUCCGGAUGGUAUCGUCUUGCAUUGCCUGCUGUAUUUUCCACAUCAUAAGCAUCCCAUUUAACUGCAGUGAUACAGCUUUUAGAGUUACCGAUGCUAAGAUAGGCCCAAAAGUUAAAAUUUUUGUGUUUCGCUAUGUUUGCUUUGUUUCCUAAAUUUGGCGCCAGAACUCGUACCCAGGAUCUUUGAUCUUUUCUCAUCUCGGAAACCGGGCUGAAAUUUCUCAUAUGAACCCAAAGCAAAAUUCAUCCCGGUAACCGAGCCAGCCCGGUCAACCGGGCUCAUAUGAAGAGGCCCUUAGUUACUAUUCUCAUUCGUAUAAAAGCCGCCGCGUGACGAUUUAAUCAACUAGAUUACUGCGUGCUCCCUCGGGAAGCAGUCUAUUGGUCCUUUACGGUCCCCAGGGAAAUUCCCUAGGCCUUUUAUACGCCCUAGCAAACAAAUUCACCGUUUCUUCUCGCAAGUCUACUCUACAACGGGCAAGCAAGUUUCCCCACCCUCCUCCCCUUCAGCGGCGCUGGCAAAUUUUCUCUAUCAGCCCACCUUAUGCCUUAUGCAAAAUUUUUCACCCAUAACUUAUCCAUCAAAAGGCAUAAGGUGGCUUUUAUGCGAAUGUGAAUUAGUUACUAUCUAUACCUCAAGCGAAUGUAUUGGCAACUGGUAACUGAAUGAGCCUGUCUACUUACUGAGGGGUUUUUACGUACAAAGCAGGGUUUUAAUGAGAUGGUUUGUCGGUUUUGGGUUACAGUGUGUUAGUGCAUAAGAGGUCACGCUUCCUAAGAUCCCUCCAAAAUCGUUUCCACUUGUCUGACAAGUGCCUCGCUAAAUUUUUUCUUUUCUCUUACAGUGUAGGAUUUUGCUUUCACUGUUUACUGUGCACACUAAACGAUGGACUCAAAAUCCUACAAACUCGUUUAAAAUACCAUCUCUCAAGCAAAGGAGCCAUUGAUGUAAGGUAAUAUAACAUUUAUUUAGCAUUGAACCAUGCCAGGAGCCCACAUGCAAAAGCAAGAUAGCCUAAGGCUAUCUUGCUUUUGCUUGAUCCUCGCCCACCCCUCGACCACUCGCUCGGCCGAAUUCACUAGUGGAAUCACGCGCGAUUUGAACCAGCUCCGAUUUUGGGGGGUGUGGCGAAAAGACGUGCGCUCCUGACGCCGCAAAUUAUAAAAUCGACCUUGCAAGUCUUCUCUCUUUUUCUUCAGAUUUAGUUAGGGAAGUGUAUGCGCGUGGUCAUAUUUGAGUCUCGCGAGUUUCGCUCUACGGACUAAGAAAAAGGUUUUGAGAGGAGGUAUUUGUUUUCAAAUGCUCCUGAGGAGAAAUGCAAUUGUCCAAAAUCUUUGAAAACAAUAACUUAUCCAUAUCUCGCAGCAAACAGAGUGUAUUAAACAAAGAUAUGAAUAUAUGAAAAUCAUACAUGUGAACUGCGGAUAGGGCUUUCCUCAAGUUGCUUGGCAACUUUUUGGCAACUUCUGGUAUUUCGCGCAACUUUUCGCAUUCUGAGCAAUUUCUCUAGUUAUCUUCUAAUUCUGAGAUAUCGGAGCAGCUUUUCACAAUGUUUUAGUAGACAAUUUAUAAAUUCCCUGUAAAGAAAAGAUAACAGCUGCUAGGUCAUCGAUUUUUAGAGUAAAUUCAAAAUGGUGGAGAAAGAUUCACACUCGACUGACCUGACUGUCUCAUUCAACAAUUAGUUACCAAGUUAGCCCUUCAUUUAUGGUCAGUAACUGUUUUGAACAAAUUUUGAAGCAAUUUGAGGAACAUGAGUGUCUUGUGUCAACAUCUAAAACAUUUGGGAACGCUUUUCAUGGCGCUGUAGCUGUAAACGUUACCGUGGAGCCUGGGAAAAAGAGAAUGCUUACUUUGGUUUUGGGGUGGUUCUAUCCCAACGGAGAUUUCACGGGUGUGCUUUACGCAUUAACAAUUAUCGCUCCGCAUAAAGUUUAAAACGCACCAUAAGAAAGAAAUCGUAAAUUUAUGCAGGGUAGACCCUAACGAAACCAUUUCAACAGCAAAAAAUGAAAACAGCUGUCUUGGGGAAGAUAUUGAAUUGAUACUUGUAGUAUCGACGACCUAUUAAUGAAGCCGUUUAACUGUGUACACCUUUUAAAUAAAUCCUGCCUUCUAUUGCAAAAAAAUUGCAUUUAUUCCUAAAUGAUACCAUUUUGUGGACACUAUAUUUGCAGAUAUGCUAAUUUGAGAGACAUUUCAUUCACAAAGAAUGUUGACUGAGACCAGCUUCUCCUCUGCACUGGAACCACAUUCUUGUUUAAUGCAUCAGUAUCUGCUUGAUAAUUCUUCCCAUGUACAACUUACAUAAGGGGUUCAUCUGGAUACAGUAAAAAGCUCUCACCAGUAAUAACAGACAAAUUCACCCAUCCAUUUGUGUCAUGUUUGUUAUGGCAUCCCAACUCAUUUGGGUCCUUUAGUAGCAGUAUUUCUUUUUUGAGGAAACAGCAUUAUAUGCACCUCUCUAAUAAACUCCCUGCCUUAUCAGGCUUCGAAGGUGAACAAACAUCAUCAGUUAGAUUUAUGCUGUGAUGGCCAUUCUCUGUUUUGAAUGGAUCACUACUGUCAUCAAAUAUAUAAAUUGCAAUAAGAAAUCGAUUGUGGAACACAGGAGCUGUCAAGAGUCGCUUCAAAACAGUAGCUCAGGAAAAAUCUCUGUAUAUUUCAGAGGUGAAGAAAAAUGAAAGUAUUGUUUGUUUUUUCGGGGUGCAUUUGUUUUGUCUACAAGUGAGCUUAUGAAAUGCUCAAGUGAUUAUUAGUGCAUAAUCAAUUGUAAUUGCUGCUGUCUCAGACUCUAUCCAUUCUUCAUUUCCUGUAGAAUAUAUAUUAUAUAUUUUUCCACGAAAACUUUCGAAAAACUGUAAAAAAAAUACCCUAGAUUUCAUGUUUUUGUGGCAUAUAUAAACGCGUAUCUCCACGAUCAGUUUAAACAUGAGACAAUUAUAACGUGCUAAUAAAUAAACCUCGCGUGGUAAUUUUUUUUUCGCUUUCCUUAAAUGCAGGAAGAAAUGCAUCUUUGCCAGUGAAAAUCAGAUUUAUACAGGAACAGUGAUUUUUGGCGUUGAGUCUUUAAAGUCUUUAAAAGAUCACGAAAACCUACUACUGAAAAAUCUACAACUGAAAACCCGCGUAGAAAACGUCCGAUUUUUGUCAUGGAGAACAUUUUUUGAAGGAAAGUCGGUAUUCAAAGCACCGACGAAAUGGCCUUUAAAAGGACUGAAACUUUACGCGAGUUUCCGAUUUGCCGCCAUCAGAUUUGAUGCGCCCACGCUAUUGUCGUUCAGCGGAUGCACGCAUGAACACGCAAAAUGCCCUCCUGUUCUUUCAGGUAUGUAAACACACAUAUGUUUAUACAGAGAUGAUGCAAUAGACGUGUAAGACUGAUUAGACCAUUUGAAGUCAUGUGUUUAAGCUUUUCAUCGGUGAUAGGGAAACAGUGAUGAUCUUUGCAUAUAUAAACAAGGGUUACAUCAGAACAGUUAUUGCCGUGUGUUACAAAUUUACGGUAUUGAGUAGGGUUGUGUCAGUGAAAUGUUUCACCCACGCGGUCUUUGGCUCCGUCACGCUUUUCUACCCUGCGAACAUACGUGCGGGAGGCUAAGAAAUGUUGGACUCUGAAGUUUCUACUUUGAUGAUCCUUGUUCUUCAUUCCGUUCAAAUAAGAGUAAACAUGGAACACAUCCUAAGCUUAUAAUUCAAUUUCCAAGUUGUGGAAUGUUAGAAAGAGAAAUUAUCGAAAACAAACAGCAAAAACGUCAAACAUGAAGAGAAAAACCGAAAGUAGCCCGGAAGCUGGUGUAAAUUUAAACCGCAAACAACAGGGCCAUUCCAUUUAAUAUACAACCCCCCCCCCCCCCCCCCCCCCACCCUCCCCGUUGAUGAAGGACUUGAAAUUUUCUGAUUCCUCAGAAAGAUGCUCUUUUUACCCCCAAACCCCAAGAAAAUUGGAUCAUUUUACGUUUCUGUGAAACUACCCACCUACCCCUCCCCUAAGCCAACAUUUUGCCCUAAGUAAGAACUAAGUGUUAAUGUUGGUUUAGGGGAGGGGUAGGUGGGCGGUUUCCCAGAAAUGACCCAGAAAAUUCGCCCUACUAGUCUACUAGCCUUAAGAAAGUUUUGCUUUUUUGCUCCUUACCCUCAGAAAAUCUGGCCUUAAAUCUUACAACCUUCAGAAAUUCCAUGUUGUUGCUUACCUACAUUAAAUGGAAUGGCUCACACUCGCUGAGGGCAAAACCUUUCUUAUUAGACCUUUUUUGUCCAUGCGAUUUAAACUCUAGGACAGCUUACUUACCAGCUGAAGAAUCUGCUUUGUUAUUUACAACAACAUUUGAGUCUAGAACUUCUUUCUUACUGAGGUCAGUGAUCGAUCCGUUGUCGUCUUGACGCGCUGAAGGGGAUGCGGUGUCAAACAGGCAAAACGUUGCGCGACAUUUUGAACAUUUCAGUGGCAGGUCCUGGUCUUCCUGGUUACAGCGAGGACAUUUCAUUUUAUGUGUUUUAGGGAAUUUAUUCCCGUCAACGUCGAAAGGUAGACAUCUCUCAUGUGAGAGAGCUCUGUUUUAUCAAAAGCGGAAAAUGAGUUGGUUCCUAGAAGCAAAGCCUGGAUGAUAUCGUUCCUUGGGGAGGGUAAGUGGGGGAUUCCAUAAAUUGGGCGUCGGAACAGGACAAUUGCACGAUGACGUCAUUUUACUACAACUACCAGAAUCCUUGAGCGGGAUUGACAAAUUUAAAACAAAAUGAAUUCGGUAGUUGUAGUCAAAUAUCGUCAUCGUGCAUUUGUCCUAAUGGCCCAGCGGAGGGGGGGGGGGGGAUGUCUCCAAGGAAAUCGGUGGUUCGGUCCGCCUGCCAGUAUGACGUCACGUCUCGCGUCAGUGACUUUCAAAAUGGCUAACAAAGUGUCGAAGAGACGGAUAAGAAUUUCUAAUUUAUCACUGAAAUACUGUUCCGAUUUCUUGGAUUUGGAGAUUUUAAGGUCCCUAUUGUCAUAGAAAACUAGAAUUUUAGGUAUGGGACUCCUCGUUGGCUCUAGUGGCGGGAAAUUCUUUCGGGAGAAAAUGAGAGAUUUCAAGGAGAGAAAGAGAGAAGACAAUCAAUAGAGGAAAGGAGUUUUUGUUUCUUUGAUUACAACAUUCCAAGGUUUUAAAAAAGCUUUGUACGUAUUGGGUUUUAAAAGUGAACAACGGAUGAGCGAAAACUGCGCGCAUCAUUGCGCAGGGAAUGUAUCAUGCCCUUAAUAUGUUGUACAGGUGGUGACACGGUUGGACGGGUCACCAUAACGGGUCCCCGUACUAUCCAGGGCGUUUUCUAACACCUCUGUGGUAUAUAUAAUGGAAUAAGAAAGAAAAGGAUAAGGUUCUUUCACACCUAAUUGAAAUUGCCAAGGUUUAUGGAGCCUUGAUACAUGUAAGACAACUUAUUAAGAUUUUGAUCAUGGUGACACGAUUGUUCGCCGAAAGAAACUUACGAAUAUCUUAAUUGAAUUAAUGUACGGUGACCCGUGUACACGUCGAGUAGAACACUUUUUUGAGGUUUUAAGGAUAGGUAUUGUCCUCGUUUGAUAUUAUUCAUGUUUUGUACAUUUUUGGCACAGUAGUUUGUUUUAUAGCUAUUCAGGAAGGUAUAUGUUUGGGGAACCCCUGGAACCUUCGCUUGGCUACGCCACUAAGAAGGAGCCGAAUACUCCCCCUGAGGCAGAUCAUUGGCGCAAGAUAACAGUAGCCGGGCUGCUAGGUCAUCGGCUUUUAGAGGAAAUUCAAAAUGGUGGAGGAAGGUUCACACUCGACUGACUUGACAGUCUCGGGUAAAGAAGGCCAUUUAACGAUUUUAUUGGCUCAUUACAUUUUUGGGUUAUAAUUCCGGACAAAGUUAUUUAGCAACGCUGGUUACACCACAAAAUUGCAAAAAAAUGCUUAGAAAUCUUACUUUUGUUUGACAAUUUGCAUAUUUUAGCAUCCGGCCAACUUUUUGAGGAAUUACGGGAAAGGUUUUGGAAAAUCUCGAGCAACUUGUGGAAAACCCUAACUGCCGAGUGAAGAAUUAUUUCUUCUUUUCGCAACCGCAAAAGUUGCGUCUAUCAAUGCGAUGAUCUACUUUCAAAUAAUUCUUCACUCCGCAGUUCACACAUAUGAUUUUUGUAUUAAACAAAAGAGGCAAGGCUGAUUUUACAGUCGGAAAUAUAUAUAUAUAUUUUUUACCAAUAUUUCGGAAGGCACGUCCUUCCUUCUUCAGGGUCUUACAUACAGUGAUGGGGUUAAGCCAAGACGUUACAAUUUGAAAUAAAGAACAGCGUGCACUGAAAUGAUACUAUAAUUACAUGUGAAAAUUUAAGUAAGAAAAAAGUGAACGUUAAUGUAUAAUUUUAGCAGCGGACGCGUGAACGAGCUCAUGAAAACCACACUUGUCGGUCUUGUCGAAACUUGUAUGCAAAAAAAAUAAUCUUCCAUAAAAUAGAUGUGCCUGGACCUCUUCUCAGAAGAGACGACCUGUGGUUCGAUUUUUGUAAACGAGCAUCUUCCGUAAGCGACCACUUAGUCUUUGCAUUUUGGGUGGUCGCUUAUGGGGGGGUUGAAUGUAGGUAAUUUUAGGUAAGCGCCGACGUCCAGUAGUGGAAAAAGUCGACAAGCGCCAGGUUGAAUGUUCGAGUAAACUUAUACGGUUUCUAAUAGUUUUCCUCAUCAGGUGUCGAUUCAAUACGAUGGCUCUGGGUCCUACCAAGUUUCCAAGUUGACUAUCAAAGACCAAAGGUUUGGAGACGUCUUGCUGGACCUUUUUGCCUUCUCAGCCCUCACACCACGUGAUUCCAAAACAUCUGCUACUCCGGCCAUUGCUCUUACGUUACGCAUUAAUAACCCAACCACGAAGUCUCAUCAAGUAUCAAUUAUCUGUUAAAUCUGCCUCUAGGUAUACAGCCUGACACUGUAAGACCGGACAAAACCAUCAAAAGUGCGAAUGUUAGUCAGUGCUCGAGGGCUGGUAUUGAUAACAAACAAUGCAUCUCGUGGCAAAUUGCCAAAGAAAACAAGACAUGUCAGUUGUUCUAUCAAGUUCCUUCCCAUGCCUGGCAUCCGGGAUUUAUUUCUGGUCAGAAGAGCAUGUGGACAGCUCAUGACUCAAUGCUGACGGUCAACAGGUCUGGAAACUAUCCUGAAAGCGGCAACACAACUAUUGCUACAGGAGGCAAGCGAGUUAGCCCUUCAUUUAUGGUCAGUAACAAUUUUGAACAAACUUGGAAGCAAUUUGAGAAACACGGCUGUCUUGUGUCAACAUCUAAAACAUUUGGGAACGGUUUUCACGGCGAUGAAGCUGUAAACGUUACCGUAGAGCCUGGGAUAGAGAGAACGCUUACUUUGGUUUUGGGGCGGUUCUAUCCCGACAGAGAUUUCAAAGGUAUGCUUUACGCAUUAACAAUUAUCGCUCCACAUUAUAUUUAAAACGCACUAUAAGAAAGAAAUCGUAAAUUUAUACAGGGUAAGGGACCUUAAGCAACGACGACGACGAAAUCGUCGGCAAAAAAAAUGAAUUUGCGUUCUUUCAAACUUAAUCGCGUAUUUGGACCCUCUCAAUAUGUCAAAUGCGGGCGACUUUUCCUUCAAAAAGAGGAAGGCAAAUUCGUCCUCGUAUGUUCACGUCCUCCUAAAACGGCAAAUUACGAGGUUUCACGUCGUAGUCGUGCAGUGGACGUCAACGAAAUGCACUAAAAAGCGUGAUGCACGUGCAUAGCUGUUGUUUUGAUCAUUGAACGUAUUGGUUUUUUUGAAGUCGUCGUUCUGGUCGUCGUCGUGGUUGCUUAAGCUCCGUAUUCUACGGAUUAAUGAUAGAAGUCGUUUAACUUCCCAGAGCAGAAAAAAUCCUGGUCACUUCCAUUCUCAAAAGGAGGACGUGUGAAACUAAAGGGUCGAUGAUAUCUCCAUCCUUUCCUUGAGGAAGUGAACGACGACGGAAUUAAUUUCCUUACAAGGUGAAGGGCUUUGCGAACUAGAAUUAGCAAUGAAGGCGUAGCAGAUGUUUCCGAAGCAAAGUUUGCUACACGUUUCGGGGGAUUACUUGCUAGGGCCAAAACCAUCCCAAUGACUGACUCGAAAAGUCCAUAAUUUGCGUUUUGCAAUAGAGAGAGUAAGAAUAACCCCCCCGCAUGAUCAAAAAGCAACCUUAUUUUUAUAAUUGUCUUUUUUUUUUCAGGUCCUAUUCUACACAGCAGAGAUUGUUGUUAA